AUGGAUUCUACUACCUCUUCGGCAGCCAUGUUUCCUCUAGUUAAUGAGGAUUAUAUUACCUCUUCGGUGGCUACAUUUCCUUUGUUUAACAAGGAUUCUACUAGUUCUUUGGCGGCUAUGUUUCCUCUAAUCAAUGAGGAUUCUACUACCUCUUCGGCGGCUACAUUUCCUUUGUUUAACAAGGAUUCUACUAGUUCUUUGGCGGCUAUGUUUCCUCUAGUCAAUGAGGAUUAUACUACCUCUUCAGCGGCUACAUUUCCUUUAUUUAACAAGGAUUCUACUAGUUCUUCGACGGCUAUGUUUCCUCUAAUCAAUGAGGAUUCUACUACCUCUUCGGCGGCUACAUUUCCUUU